CUCGAACCCGCCAUUCCAACAAACCAAAGCAACCCCACAAAAUCCCGCCGUCACAUCCACCACAAUGGCCCUCCCCUCCCUCGCCCUCCCGGGCCAACUCCUCGGCGCAGCAGACACCUACCUCCCCGGUCCAGGAACCCACAUCCACGCGCAAAAAAUCUACGCCUCGAUCGCCGGCCCCGUCACCUCCACACCCUCCACACCCUCCACAACAACCCCAACAACAACCCCAACGCCCCUCCUAUCCAUAACCCGCCCCCCCACCCUCUCCCCCGGCAUCCUCGGCCCCUCAAGCGGCUCCGGCAUCCCGCUCCUCCCCACCCUCUCCUCCGUCGUCCUAGCACGCAUAACCCGCCUAACCCCGCGCUCCGCCUCCUGCCUAAUCCUCGCCAUCGACUCGACCCCCUGCCGCGAACCCUUCAGCGCCCAAAUCCGACGCGAGGACAUACGCGCGACGGAGAAAGACAAGAUCGUUGUUAGCGAGAGUUUCCGCGUCGGGGAUUUGGUGCGCGGGACGGUUAUUAGUCUGGGGGAUCAGGCGAGCUAUUAUGUUAGUACGAGUGAGAAUGCGUAUGGGGUUGUUGUGGCGAGGGGGGAAAGCGGGAGGGUGUUGUAUCCGGUUAGUUGGCGGGAGGUGAGGGAUCCGGUUAGUGGGGUUGGGGAGCGGAGGAAGGUUGCUAAACCUUUUUAG